CGUCUACUAUCACUUCAAGUGGUCUGACGUGGUACAAUCAUACGGGAUACGGUACGGCGAUGACUGCAGAAGGUAAGUUCUUCGAUGCUGAAUUAUACGCACCUGAUAUCAACUUGUAUAUAAGAAAACUUAUGACUGACUGAUGCUCAGGUACAGCUUGGUCUCCUCGCUCAACGUUGACGGUUACAGGACACCGUGUCUCAGAGUCGUAUGCGGACCUCACUACUACUCAAGCUUCUACUCAUGACCAUGUGGUAAAGAAGGAACUCGUCACCGACUAUGAUAUCACUCAUGUCACUACUAUGAUCACCGAAUGGGUUACCAGCUACGUCACCGCCGUGACGGUUGAAACCACUUCCCCUCACAAUACCGGCCCCGGUAUGAGCGUUGCCUCAGUAGCCUCAGCAUCGUCUACGAGUUCAGAGUCUACGGUGUCUCACUCCACAGCCGCCAUCACAAGUGAGAACCGCAUGUUCUGUCCUGACCCUCACCACCCAGGCGCCUGGACACUCUGCGCUCCCGACCACGACAAGGCCACCGCUCUCGGAGUCAUCAGCACCGCGGUCCCCAACGCCCCCGCGGAAUCAUCAGCCCGGCGCUGCAGCUUCAACCUGUUCACGCUGAUCAAGACGGUGUGUAAGGGCAUAUGGAAGCUGCUCUUCCACCACGACGAGGCGCGCGCGGAGGCGAUGCGCCACGUGGAGCGCUACAACGUGCUCGAGCUCGGCUGCCGAUGCAACGAUUUGCAGCGGCUGGCGCUGACGAUGGUCGACAUCAUCGAGGUGCAGCAGCGCAUGCUCGAGGAGAAGGACGAGCUGAUCGCACACCAGAAGAAGCUCGUCGAUGACCAGAAGCUGGUGAUGGACGAUCAGGGGGCGGUGAUCGAGUGGAAUAAGGGCGUCUUCGUGGAUGUGGUUGCGUUCAUUUCAAAUUUGAAGAAUGAUACGGCGAAUACUUUGAAGAAGGUGCACGAGAUGAACGGAGGAAACACUGAACUGCAACUGGAAACGGAUAUGAAAAUAGGCAAUGAGCAAUGAGUUUAUGCGGAUGGAUUAUGACAAACGGCCUACAAUUUCCUUAGGCUAUAGCCUAUGAUCGUGGUCUAUGUACGAUCAAAAGGAAGGCAGCCGACUGGACGGUCGUGUAUGCAAGGCACCAGGUAUUAAUGGAUGGCUAUAAGCCCAACUCAAGUUUGACUGUCCCAUGGUAUCGUAUGAUUUGUUGUUUGUCUCGAGCCAAUCGUCAACCUUUUCCGGCCUAUAGGAGCAUACUGACCGUCGUAGGGCCCCUGUCUAAAACGUGCUUCGGCUUCGUUAGGUCUCAAUACAUGAUGCUCCCGAGAUUCGAUGAGCCAAUUGUUGAUGUUACCGUUCCGCUGGGCGUCCAAUGCUGUGACUGUGUAUAUGGGGUACAUGUGGUAUGUUACGUUAUAGGUGAUCGACUGAAUACCGUAAUUCGGGUUCGUUCGUCCACUGUAUAUAAAUAUUUGGUUAUAAUUAUUCUACAACUUUCCUAUUGAAAUCCAAGCCUUCUCUAUUCUCUAAGUGGUGACGAAUAGGAGUAAGUACAUUAUAU